AUGGGGGGGUCCCAGUCCAUCACCAUGGAGCCUCAGAUGGGGGAAUCUGAGGUCCCCUUCGGAGAAGCCUGGCACGUACGGGAAUGGCUGCGGGUCGUCGGGGGGGUGCAAAAGCCGCCCUCGGAGCACCCCAAACGCCCGGUGCUGGGCCUGAGCUGCCGACGGGCCGAGGUGAGCGGCGCCCGUUUUUGGGGACUGGUACGGACCCUCUGCCCCGAUCCCCACCUCUUCUUCCGUCACUGCUUCGUUCACAACCACUGUCCCCUCCUCUUCCUCGCCUCCAGCGGUCGGAAUUUGCCCCCCACCGAGCUGCCCCCCGCCGCGCGCGACCGGUUGAUGGGACUCUGCGACCGGGCGCUGGCAGCCGCCGGCCUGACCGUCCGCGUCGAGGGGUUACCCCAUCCCUCGCCCCGAAACCCCCGCGCCAACCGGGGCUGGGAGGAACUGGCCAAAGCGCGACUGGGAGAACUGGGGGUGCUGGAGUUGUUGGAGAAGGAGGGAGGGGGCGGCAGGGAA